AUGGAUGUUACUGAAUUUGACAUUCCACUAUUUUCCCCAAAUGUAACAGAAAUAAACUUCGAAAUUUUCGAUUUAUGGAUAAGAGGGCAUAAUGAAAAGGAAGUGUUUUAUUUGUUACAAAACACUUUUUGUUCAUCCAUUGAAAAAAUGAAAAAUGAAGAAAUGCAUAUGAGUUAUAGAGAUUAUGUGCUUAUCAAUAAAAUAUAUAAAAAAGAUGGCGAGGAAAAUUUGGAAAAUAAUAAACCUGAAAAAUUAAAUAAAGAUAAAGCUAAAGACAAUAUAUUAUUUGUAAAGGAUAGAAUAAUGAAUAUGUUUAAUAAUGAGAAUAAAGAUCCAAAUAGUAUUAUGGGUGUGGAUAUAUUUUUUCACCAUUUUUUAUGUUUAUAUAUUAAACAACAAUUUUAUAUUUUUAAUAUAUUGUCUUAUCAUUUAGCAAAUUUGGAUGUUCAUUUUUCCAAUUUUUACAUGCCAAUAAAUAAAAAUAAAAUUUUAAAAUUAAUAAAAAUAUAUUAUAAUAUCGAUUUUAAUUUGGAGAAAGAAGUAAUUAAAUAUAAAAGUAUUAAUAAUAUAUAUAAAUAUACUAAUGAACUAGUAAAAAUUACAGGCAUUCAUAAAAUAUCAGUGAAAAGACAAAUAGAGAAUAUAAAAAAAGUAUGGAAGUAUAUUAUAAAUAUAUAUGAAGCACGUGAUAUAAAUGUUAGCACUUUACAUAAAAAAACGAAUGUAAGUGUAAAAAAAAUCAUAAAAUUUAUUAAAACAAAUUUUCAUUUGUAUAAAUUUUUUAUAAAUAAAAAACGAGAAACAGUUAUAGAUAUAAAUGAUUAUCACAAUCGUGGAAGCAAAUCCCUUUUAAUGAAAAAUAAAGGAAGAAAAAGAAAACGAAAAAAGAAAGGGAACACUGUUAAUUCAAAAAAUGAGUACCAUCAAUAUAAUAUUAUCAAAACGUUAGAGAAUUUGUUAGGGAUUUAUUUAUCCAAAAGAUAUUUUCGUAUGUAUUGGAUUAUAUCAUAUCAUAUAGAAUUCCCUAAAAAAACGAAUAUGCCUUAUUCCUAUUUUAAUAACAUUAUUUUAUUAUUAUUAGAAAAAUUACAAAUUAAUGAUUUAAUAUUAUCAAAGGAAUAUAUAAAUAUAAGCAAACAUAUAUAUACUACAUUUAAUAAGUCUAAUAAAAACUUUGAAAAUCUUAAAAUGCAGUUGUAUAAACUAGUGGAUAUGAACAAUUCUUCGAGAACGAAAUCCAUUAAUCGGCUUAAAUGCAUCAUGAACAUAUUAUGUUGUUUUAGAAAUGGAUAUGAGAUAAAAAAAUUUUUGGUGAUAUUCUGUGAGCUUCAAAAAAAUGAACCUAUUGUAAACGAAAAAACAUUCAUAAAACACAACAUAGGAGAUUACAAUUUUGUAAAUCGAAUGAUGUGCUUUAUAAAAGAAGCGGAAAAUUAUUCCAAAUUAAAACAAGCCAAUUUUAAUAAUCAAAAAGUGAAUGAGAAAACCAAAACUGUUAAUGGUUUGUAA